AUGUUGGUGCUGUCUAAUGACACAGCCCUGAAUUCACUCCUCUCCAAGCCGCUUCAAGACUACCUGGAGCAGAUGAAUAGCUCCGCACCUUCCCAGGUCAGAAGUGCCAGCAGCAACCUAGAAAUCGUCUACGUGCUGCUGCUGAUCGGCCUCUUUGGCUUCUUCACAGUGGGGGUCAUGCUGACCAACAUCCGUGCCAGGAGGCUGGAGGACUCCCGCGACCCCUACAACACCUACAUCGCCACAGACAUUUGGCACAAGAAGGACAGGCAGUACUUUCAAGCCAAGCUCAUAGAAAAUUACAAGUUGUGCUGCGUCUUUGAAAACCAACUGGCUGUGGAGCAGCCAAGCACGGAGAUUCCCGAGGCAAAGUCUUCCUAG